UGUGGAACCAUCAGAAAAUCUACAGUCCCUGAUGGAGAAGAAUCAGGCUCUGGUGAUAGAGAAUGAAAAAUUAAGUCGUGGUUUGAGUGAGGCAGCUAGUCAGACAGCCCAGAUGUUGGAGAAGAUCAUUUUGACAGAGCAAGCAAAUGAGAAAAUGAAUGCCAAGCUAGAAGAACUCAGACAGCAUGCAGCCUGUAAAGUAGAUCUUCAAAAGCUAGUGGGGACAUUGGAAGACCAGGAAUUAAAAGAAAGCAUAGAGAUCAUUUGCAACCUACAACAAGUGAUUACCCAGCUAUCUGUAAGCCAAGAUGAAACUGUUUCUUGUAUGACUGCAACCAUGGAGACUGCAGUGGAAGCAGACACUCAAGCGAAAACCAGAGCAGAUACAAGUGGGUCUUCUGAUGUUUUCAGCACUCAGCAUGCUCUACGUCAAGCUCAGAUGUCCAAGGAGCUGAUUCAGUUGAAUAAAGAACUUGCAUUGAAAGAAGCCCUAGCUAAGAAGAUGGCUCAGAAUGACAACCAACUACAGCCCAUUCAGUAUCAAUACCAGGAUAACAUGAAAAAUCUGGAAUUAGAAGUCCUCAGUCUACAGCGGGAAAAAGAAGAGUUGUUUCUUGAAAUUCAAACGGCAAAGAAGGAUGUCAACCAAACCAAGUUGAGUGAGCGCCGUCGCAAACGUCUUCAAGAGCUGGAGGGUCAAAUAGCUGAUUUGAAAAAGAAACUGCAUGAACAAUCCAAACUUUUGAAGCUGAAGGAAUACAGUGAGCAUACUGUCUCAAAGCUGAACCAGGAGAUACAGAUGAUGAAAAACCAGCGAGUACAGUUAAUGCGUCAAAUGAAAGAGGAUGCUGAGAAGUUUAGACAGUGGAAGCAUCAAAAAGACAAAGAAGUAAUCCAGUUAAAAAAACAG